AUGGGAAAAAGUACAGAAGUGUAUAUAUCACAACUUCAAGACGCACCAAACUCCGGUACGUCAGGCGAUAUCGCAGGUACGUUCGAAUUUCAAUAUUUACCAAGAGACAUGGUUAUCAUUUGCAGACUUCCUUGCACAUUCUGGCACACCCCAGUGCCUCCAAGAGCAUGAGCGAAUGGAGGGCAUCAUUAACAAUCAUAAACAAUUUGUGCAUGACAAUAUAACUCAAGGGAAUCGACGAAAGGAAGAAAUUAUGUUAGAGAUGCGGUCAUUACGUUCUAGUUCUGGAUCUCAUGCGUCUUCCAUGUCAUCCACCGCUCUUUGAGCGCGAGCCCGAGCUGAAGUUGCUGCAGCAUUAAAAAAAGCUGAGUUGCAGAAAAAACGACUCCUUGUAGAAUCUCAAUCAGCAUUCGUAAUACAACAAGAGGAAUUGGCCCUAGCUAGACAUAAACUCGAUGAACAGGCCCGAUUAGAAGCCCUACGCCUUGAGGAGGCUGCGGCAGUUGCAGUAGCUAAGGCCAACGCCAUUGAUGAUGAAUUGGGUUUUUGCACUGGUGGUGAACUACCCCAUUUAGACCUACCCGAAGAAAACUCUAGCCAGAAGGUACAGCAUUUUAUUGAAAAUCAGUGCAUUAACCCAACCCCUAACACCCAAGUUGAUCCCUCGAGUACCCCUAACCAGCCUAUUCCAUCAACCGAGCAUGUCAACCCAACCCCUAGCACCCAAGUUGCUCCCUCAGGUACCCCUAAUCAGCCUAUUCCAUCAACCGAGCGUGUUAACCCAACCCCUAACACCCAAGUUCCCUCGAGCACCCCUAAUCAGCCUAUUCCAUCAACCGAGUGUGUUAACCCAACCCCUAACACCCAAGUUCCCUCGAGCAGCCCUAAUCAGCCUAAUCCAUCAACUGAACAUGCACCCGCACCCCAACUCUUGAAUCACACAGCAAGCACCUUCACACCUAAUAAACCCUCAGAUCCAUCAUCAAACUCAGAUCAAAAUUUAAUGAAGUCCUGCAUUAAAUUUAUGGCCCGUCGAGAACUCAUUGCUAACAAAAUCGAGAAAUUCGAUAACAGCCCUGAAAAUUUCCACACUUGGAAACUAUCAUUUAAGAAUAUGACGAGGAAUAUAAACAUUACCCCUAGUGAAGAGCUCUCCCUAAUUAUAGAGUACACUACAAAUGAAUGGAAGAAACUCAUCCAAAAACUGCGUAAUGCAUAUAUUGACAAACCGGAAAAGGGAGUGGCAGAAGUGUGGACAAAAUUAGGUGAAAGAUAUGGGUCCAAUAUCGUAUUGACCAAGGCAUAUGUAGAUAAACUGACAAACUUCCCUAAGAUUGGGUUUAAAGACAAUAAGAAAUUGCAAGAAUUUGGUGACCUUCUAUUAGAGCUACAAUGUGCAAAGGAGGACGGUCGACUCCAGGGACUAAGAAUCCUGGAUGAACCCAUCUACCUGAAACCAGUACUAACCAAAUUACCUGGGGAUAUCCAAACUAGGUGGCAGAGACAUGCCUUUUCCUACAAGAGAAACCAUGAUGUUGAUUACCCACCAUUCGCAGAGUUCUCUCAGUUUAUCCAAGAUGUAUCACUCGAGAAGAAUGACCCGAACCUGGCCUUCGAGCGUCCCGAAAACGACAACCCUGCAGCAAGAAUGCGUGGUAGAUACCCUAGGCAAAGCUACAAAACCGAGAUUAUGGAUCCUUCAUCUGGAGAUCAUACGAAUACUCCAAACCCAAAUUUGUGUAUUAUCCACCAAAAGCCUCAUCCCAUUAGCAAGUGCCGUGCCUUUCGUGCCAAACCAAUUGAUGAGAGAAAAAACCUUAUUCGACAACACCGCUUGUGUUUUCGCUGUCUUGCCUCAACCACCCACAUGGCAAAGGAUUGUAAGCUUUCAGUGAAAUGCACUGAAUGCGAAAGUGACAAACAUUUAGCUGCAUUACAUGUAGAGCGAAAGCCGAAACCAAAAGACCCAGAGGAAGUCCAAGGCAGGGAGCAAAGGAAUGGUCAACAAGACGGUACAAACAAGAUGGAUAAGCAGCAGAGUGGUGAGCCUAGUCGUAUAACAACAACGUGUACUGAAAUUUGUGGUGAUAAACCUGGUGGAAGAUCAUGCUCUAAGAUAUGUCUGGCAAACAUCUAUGUCAAUCAACACCCUGAUAGAAAGGUUAAAGCAUAUGUGCUUAUUGACGACCAAAGCAACUGCUCACUUGCUAAGCCCCAGCUUUUUGAUAUACUGAAUAUAGACGGUGAGAGUUUCCCUUAUACUUUGAGAAUGUGUGCUGGCACCAUGCAGACCGAGGGGAGGCAUGCCAAGGGUCUCGUAAUCGAAUCAUUGGAUGGACAUAAACGACACCUGCUUCCCACCAUAACAGAGUGCAAUGCAAUACCAGACAACAAAGACGAGAUCCCUACACCUGACAUAGCAAUGGCUCAUCCGCAUCUCCGCCCAAUUGCGGAUCAGAUACCCGAAGCCCAACGUGACACCGACAUCCUUCUGCUCAUUGGGAGAGAUGUACCACCUCUUCACAAAGUUCAAGAGUCUAGAAACGAAAGGGGGAACUUGCCAUGGGCACAACGAUUAGACCUCGGAUGGGUCACAUUGGGCAAUACAUGUCUAGACGGUGUCCACAAAUCCAAUGAUCUCUCCUCCUUUAAAACCCACUUACUCCACAACGGGCGAUCUUCCAUCUUCGAGCCUUGCUCAAAUGUAUUCCACGUCAACAAAGCGACAUCAGCACAUGCAGAUUCUCGUGAAAGCGUAAACGAAUUCCGUAGGGAAGAGUCGUUCUCACAAGGAAAGUUCGAGGAUGGACUUGCCAGCAAGGUGUUUGAACGUACAGAACUUGACAACAGACCAGGAUACUCUGUCGAAGAUCGAAAGUUCAUCGAAAUGAUGGAUACGGGCGUGAAAAAGAACGAAACAGGAAGCUGGAUAGCUCCUCUCCCAUUCCGCAAUGAAGUGACACACCUGCCGAACAGUCGUGAGGAAGCCUUCAAACGUCUAAAGUCCACAAGAAAAACGCUCGAUCGUAAACCAGAUAUGAAAAAACAUUACUUUGCCUUCAUGCAAAAGAUUCUAGAUAACGGGCAUGCCGAGCCUGUACCUCCAAGCAAAGUGGUUACAUCAAAGCCCUGUUGGUUCUUGCCUCAUUUUAGGGUCUACCAUCCCCAAAAACCCAACAAGAUACAGGUUGUCUUCGACUCGGCCGCUGAAAUCAAUGGUAUUUCACUCAACAAACUGCUACUAUCUGGACCCGACUUUACGAACAGCCUGCUGGGAGUGUUAUUGCGUUUUCGUCAGAACCCCACAGCAUUCAUGGCCGAUAUAGAGCAGAUGUUCCAUUCACUUGUUGUCAAAGAAGAACAUCGCGAUUUUUUACGAUUCCUGUGGUACAAGGGGAACAACCCAGAUGGGGAAGUUGUAGAAUAUCGAAUGAAAGUGCACCUCUUUGGAAAUACGUCGUCACCAGCAGUCGCCACGUUCGGCCUAAGAAAAACAGCGCAAGUUGGGCAGGCCCAAUUCGGAUCCGACGCUAGAGAAUUUGUGGAACGGGAUUUCUACGUUGACGAUGGGCUUAAAUCCCUACCUGGAAGAAAGCAGUCGAUCGACCUACUUCAACGAACCCAAGGAAUGUUGGCGACAGCGAACUUGCGUCUUCACACGAUCGCCUCAAACGACGCAAAUGUAACCCAGGCGUUUCCAAGCGGAGAUCGUGCCUCUGGACUGUGUAAUCUCGACUUAAACAAUGAUACGAAACCAAUCCAGCGGUCAUUGGGCAUGUAUUGGGACCUCGAAACGGACACGUUCACCUUUAAAGUUUCUGAAGGAAACAAGCCAUUUACGAGACGGGGAGUUUUGUCUGUUAUCAACAGUCUCUUCGACCCAUUGGGAAUUGUGUCGCCAGUGAUAAUCAAGGGAAAGAUGCUCCUCAGAACUAUAUGUCUGCUCAUCUAAAGAAUCGUCAGUUUGGUGAUUGGGAUGAACCGCUUCCAGAAGAACACAACCCAGCAUGGAUGGAAUGGUGCCAAUCCCUCUCUAGUUUGCAACAUCUCAAAAUCCCACGUUCAUACACCCUAACACCACUUGCCGAGACAAGUUCUAUCGAGCUCCAUGUAUUCUGUGACGCCUCUAUCCAUGGAAUUGCAGCGGUUUGCUAUCUGAAGUCUACACAACCUGAUGGAAAGGUUCACGUGUCGUUCGUCUUCGGGAAGGCCAAAUUAGCCCCAUCCCAUGCCACAACUAUCCCUCGCCUGGAGCUAUGCGCUGCUGUCCUUGCGAUAGAAAUAACCGAGUUAAUUAUGGAGGAACAAGCUAUCAAACCCCAUUCAAUAACUUUCUAUGUCUAUGUAAGCAAUCGAGUCGAACGGAUACGAAAAUCUUCUUCUCCAGAAGAAUGGCGCUACGUCCCAACGCAAUUAAACCCUGCUGACUGCGCAACUCGAUCAGUGAAGGCAAAUGAGCUGGAUAACAGUAUGUGGCUCAGUGGUCCGAAAUUCCUCCGCGACCAAGACCCGCAUUAUGACGCCUCGGAAGAAUAUGCUGUUCCUGGAUCCUUCACCGAUGACCCCGAAGUUCGUCCAGAAAUUAAAACGCUUGCCACGAAGGUACAGAAAAGCACAGCAAUUGGAACUAGUAGUUUUACGAAAUUCUCGUCAUGGUCAAAUCUAGUAAAGGGUGUAUCCAAGCUUAUAUCGACUGCCCGGUCCUACGAUCGAAGCAACAAAGCUACUCGUGAAUCUUCCGACGGAACGACCGAGAUACAACCUCGUGACGGCGCUGUGGAAAGACGUAAGCAGGCGGAGACGGUAAUAACUAAGAACGUACAGCAAGAGGUCUUUGCAAAGGAGAUUGAACAGAUAAAGAAAGAGGAGAAGUUACCUAAAGGGAGUGUUCUUAUGAAACUAAGUCCGACGAUCGACUCAAAUGGACUCGGACGGGUCGGUGGACGUCUCGGAAGAGCUGAGCUACCCGUUGAAGAGCGUCACCCAAUAAUCUUACCAGGAUCCCACCACAUUACCACCCUUAUAGUAAAGCACUACCACCAUGAAGUCAAACAUCAGGGGCGUCACUUUACACACAGACUUAUCAGAGCGAAAGGCUACUGGAUAAUAGGAGGCAAACAACUUGUGAACAGUGUAAUUCACCAUUGUGUCAAGUGCAGAAAGUUAAGGGGACAACAGGUACAUCAAAAGAUGGCAGACCUUCCAGUUCAGCAUCUCACCCCAGCCCCACCCUUUACCUACGUCGGCCUGGACGUUUUCGGACCGUGGCAAAUAGUAACACGACGAACCAGAGGAGGCGUGGCCUGUAAUAAACGUUGGGCUGUGAUCGUCACCUGUCAAUCCACAUUGAGUUAAUCGAGUCUUUGGAUACCUCCAGCUUCAUAAACGCCUUACGCAGAUUUUUAGCACUUAGAGAUCCAGUAGCUCAGCUUCGUUCAGACUGCGGCACGAACUUUGUUGGGGCGCGGAAUGAGUUGGAAGCAGCGAUGAAGGAGAUGGAUAAAAAAGAUAUCGAAGCCUACCUAGUUCGCAAAGGUUGUGAAUGGAUCUUCAAUCCUCCGCACGCAUCACAUGCCGGUGGGAUAUGGGAUUGGAAUUGCGAGAAGGAUUUUGGAUUCUAUGUUGUCCGAACUACCAUCUAAAAGGCUUACGCACAAAGUACUCUCCACCUUAAUGGCGGAAAUCACGGCAAUUGUCAACAACAGGCCUCUAAUCCCAGUGUCCAACGAUCCCGAAGCACCAGAAAUCCUUACCCCAUCAACCCAGAAACCGACAGCCUUGACCGCAACACCAGGACAGUUUACCUCGAAAGAUUUACACACGGCACAGUGGCGACAAGUGCAAUAUUUGGCCAACGUUUUCUGGUCUUGUUGGCGGAAAGAAUUCCUACCCAUGUUACAGCCAAGACGAAAAUGGCAAUGCGAGCAACCCAAUUUACAAGAAGGAGAUCUGGUUCUGCUCCGGAGUAAGGAAGUGGCGAGAAACAUGUGGCCCCCUUGCACUUGUAACAAAGGCCCACGAAAGCGCCGAUAGGAAAGUAAGAAAAGUAGAGCUGAUAACUGCAACGGACGGUAUAAAACGCAGUUACGUUAGACCAGUCAACGAGGUUAUUUUGCUAAGGAAUGAAGACGAACUUAAUCCAAAGCCUUAG